GUCCCCUGCGUCCCCAGAGUUGCGGGGAACAUCCUCCACUCGUUGUCAUCAUCGUCGUCGUCGUCGUCGUCAUCAUGAGUGGCAGCCCCUCCACCUCCAUCUCUUCAGCUUUGGGAGUUUGCGAGGAAGCUUUGGCGGUGAGGCCUGUGCCUCUGCUGCUGCGUCUCUUGCGCUCUGUCGGUGCGACAGGCGACACGUUCACGCUGCCGCAGGUCUUCCAUCACCUGGGCGGCUACAUCAAGACGAAGCAACUCUACGACAAGCGGAGGCUACACAUCGUGCACUGCAAGGGCGACCCUCUGGGGGAGCUGUUCGGCGUGGAGAGCUUCUCCCUCAAAGAGCCGAGCUCGUCGCCCAGGUCGCUGGGCGCUCUCCUGGCCAAGGCGCUCGGCAGAGCCGCCACCGACAGACGCAAAGGUGGAGCCAGGCCCCGGCAAGAUUACGCGGCGGGAGCCGUGAAGGGAAGCUCAUUGGCGACGGCCGACGGAGACAAGCGGCAGGAACCGCAACGAGGAGGAGGAGACGGACACGAGGAGGAGGAGGAGGGCGUUGACGACGAUGUCAAAACGAAGACGUCGUCGGACACCGUCUCCCCCGCUCCCUCGGCUCCCGCGAGCUCUGACCACGACAUCAGCAGCAGCAGUAGCGGCAGCAGCAGCAGCAGCGGCAGCAGCAGCAGCGACGCCAACGCCGCGUGCCUCGUGUGCCUCGUGUGCCAGCACCGGCCCAGGACCUGCACGCUCGUGCACGGAGAGACGGGCCACCUGGUCACGUGCUGCGCGUGCGCCAAGAAGCUAAAGCGCCGCAACGAGCCUUGCCCCGCGUGCGGCAGGCCCGUCCACGCCGUCGUCAGGACGUACCUGCGGUGAGAGAGACGCCAGCUGACGUCACCGUCCACGCCGUCGUCAGGACGUACCUGCGGUGAGAGAGACGCCAGCUGACGUCACCGUCCACGCCGUCGUCAGGACGUACCUGCUGUGAGAGAGA